ACUUUCUCUUCUUCCCACCACCUACCCUCUCACUUGCAGAAUGUUGGAUUCAUUGGCCUUGGAAACAUGGGAUCAAGGAUGGCGACUAAUCUGAUUAAAGCUGGAUUCAGUGUUACAGUUCAUGACCUAAACUCUGAUGUUCUGGAUAAGUUCUCUCAUAUGGGAGUUGCUACAAGGAAAACGCCUUGUGAAGUUUCAGAAGCAAGUGAUGUUGUAGUUACAAUGCUGCCUUCCUCUGCUCAUGUAAAUGAUGUUUACACUGGACCAAAUGGUUUGCUACAUGGUGGAAAACUCCUAAGGCCGUGGUUAUUCAUAGAUUCAUCUACUAUUGAUCCACAAACAUCAAGAAACAUUUCCGCCACAAUAUCUAAUUAUAUUCUAAAAGAAAAGAAAGGUGAUUUGGAAAAACCAUUCAUGUUGGAUGCCCCUGUAUCUGGAGGAGUGAUAGCUGCAGAAGCUGGGACACUUACUUUUAUGGUUGGUGGCUCCGAGGAAGUGUUUGCUGCUGCUAAACCCUUAUUCUUUUCAAUGGGAAAAGGUGCAAUAUAUUGUGGUGGAGCAGGAAAUGGUUCUGCAGCAAAAAUUUGCAAUAAUCUGGCUUUGGCUGUGAGCAUGCUGGGAGUAUCAGAAGCCCUUGCUCUAGGCCAGUCUCUAGGUGUAGCUGCCAGCACCUUGUCGAAAAUAUUUAACUGCUCCAGCGCUCGCUGUUGGAGUAGUGAUUCUUACAACCCUGUGCCUGGGGUGAUGGAAGGUGUGCCUUCUUCAAGGGAUUAUAAUGGAGGGUUUGCAUCCAAGCUUAUGGCUAAAGACUUGAACCUAGCAGCAGAAUCAGCUAAGCAAACUGGUUGCAAACACCCACUAACAUCACAAGCACAAAAGAUAUAUACAGAACUCUGCAAUGAAGGGCAUGAAGGCAAAGAUUUCUCAUGUGUUUUUCGUCAUUAUUACACUGGAAUGGAUGAACAUGUUGACCAAUAAAUUAAUAUAAAAACAUGUAACUAUUACAACACUCCAUGCCAGGAGGAUACUCAAAAUUGGUUGCCAAAAAGUGCAAACACUUUGGUGUUACCUGUAC